AUGGGAUCUAACACCUCUAAAGAACACAUCGCCCAGCCAAUCAGCGACUCCCAGUCAAUUGCAGACUCAGAUCUUAACGAAAAGAUCACCGAUUUGUCUCACUUGGUCACCACCUUGGAUAUUGACCUGGACGAGUCUGCCGCCAAUCCUAUCACCGUCGAAAACCUCUCCACAUGGGAGUCAAAGUUGUUGGCAGACCCCAAGAACAGAUUGGUCCAGAAUGCUUUGGCCAACAACGAUAUCUCUAAGAUUGUAGCCACCAGUGGUACCACAUUAUCUUUGACAGAUCGCUACUUCUUCAACGUGGAGGUAGACACCGUGGGAUCGCCUUCAUUUUUGAAUAACCAGAAAUCUUCCGGAAGAUGCUGGAUCUUCGCAACCUCUACUUGUUUUUUUUACGAUAAAUUGGAGAAGGCCAACUUUUUCUUGGAAAACAUCAUUGAUACUGCUGACGAGUCUUUGGACUCCAGAUUGUUGCAGUUUCUCUUCUCUGGUUCCGUCAGUGACGGAGGUCAAUGGGACAUGAUUGUUAAUGUCAUCGAGAAGUAUGGAGUGGUACCCAAUGAGGUAUUUCCUGACAACGCGCAGGCCGUGUCUACGUCUAAAUUGAACUAUUUCUUGACCAACAAGUUGCGUGAGUAUGCUUUGGUGUUGCGGAAAUUGGUCAAUUCCGGUACUUCCAAGGCUGAGAUCUACCGGGUGAAGAAUGCUAUGAACAAGGAGAUCUACAAUGUGAUUGCUUUGUCCUUAGGAACUCCUCCUAAGCCAGAGGACUCAUUCACAUGGGAAUUCAAGGAUAAGGAUGGCAAGUACCAGUUUUUCAAUACCUCUCCUGCUGAUUUUUACAAGAGCCAUGUCAAAUAUGAUGUCAGCAAGAGGUUCUCGUUGCUCAACGACCCAAGAAAUGACUACAACAAGUUAUACACCGUGGACAGAUUGAACAACGUGUAUGGCGGAAAGCCUAUUGAGUAUGUCAACUUAGACUUACCAGUGAUCAAGAAGGCUGCCAUUGCCAUGUUGAAGAAUAACGAGCCAAUUUUCUUCGGUUCAGAUGUUGGCAAGUUCUACGACGGGAUUACAGGUAUUUUGGACACCAACGCCUACGACUACAAUCUUGCCUUUAACACGCAAAUGAACAUCUCCAAAACCGAGAGAUUGCAAACUGGUUCAUCUGCCAUGACCCACGCUAUGGUGAUAACCGGUGUGCAUUUGGAUCCCGCCACUGGAGUCCCAAUCAGAUGGAAGAUUGAAAAUUCCUGGGGCGAUGAUGUCGGAGACAAGGGUUACUUUGUGAUGACUGACGCAUGGUUUGAUCAGUAUGUAUUCCAGAUUGUUACCAGCAAGAAGUAUGUGGACAAGAACACCUAUGACUUGUGGAAGAAGAAGGAGUAUGUUGUUCUUCCUUUCUAUGAUCCUAUGGGAGCUUUGGCAUAG